CUACAAAAACUCGUUUAAUUCAAAAAAUUUCGUUAGCAACAUUUCUAUUGCUGCUGGCAACACGCGUCGCUGUUGCGCCGGCUGCUCAACAGGUGAGCACAGGUGAGAGGCAGACGGCAAAAUGAGAAGCAGAACAAAAAAAAAACAACAAUGCGCGCUGCGCUUUUUGUUUAUGAAUGAAAAGCGCAAAAGUAAACCAUGAUAAAUGUGUGUGCACGAGCAAAAUCGGGCAACAACAAGUUGCCAGAUCGAGAUCGAGCCAGCCAAAAAGAGCGAGAGAGUGGUAGACUGUCAGAGAGAGAGAGAGAGAGUGCAAGAGAGAGCCGAACUGGCUCGUUCGGCAGCAGGCAGCAGCAGGCAGCCUUAGCUCUGGGCAACUGGCAACUGGUGCUGGCAGUUCAGUCUACGUUUUGGCCUAAACGCGUUUGCUUGGACUUGGCCAGCGCGCAUGAGCCGUCGGUUAGUCUGCGCUAUUUACCCUCUCUCUCUCCAAUUGUGUGUGUGUGUGCGCGUGAGUGUGUGUGUGUGUUAACAAAAUGUGAUUAGCAAAAAUACAAAAGAAGAAAAGAAGGCAACGCAAUAUAAAAGCAUUGUGGCAAAAAGAACAGAAAGCGCAAAAAUUGUGUUAAAAAUAACAACAACAAAAGCGCAACAAAAACAAAACAAUUUUCGCUUCAUUUUAGAUUUUUGUUAUUUGCAUAAAUACAUACAAAAUAUACAUAUAAAGGCCAUACAAAUAUAUUGUUAACAGCAAUGCUGAAUUUUUUGCUUUAUCGGCAACGGCAGCAGCAACAAUAAAAUUCAUAUUGAACUACACCCAAAAGCCAACGGCAACAACAACAACAGCAACAACAACAACAAUAACGGCGCAACGGCGGCUGUGCGGCUGACUUGGCCGACAGCUCACCAAAAGCAGCAGCAGCAGCAGCAACAACAACAACAACAAUAACCAAAGUCGUCGUCUACCUUUUUCGUGCCUUUUCAAGUGUUUUUCAUAGCUGCGCUGCAGCCCCCCCGCUCAGCAGAGCAUAGAGCCAGCCGAGCGAGCGAGAGGGAGAGUUAGAGUGCGAGAGAGAGUGCGAGCGAGAGCGCGUAUCUGGUUUGGCGCUGUAUUCAGUCUCGGCUUCGACCAGUUUCAGCUCCCUGAUAUGAACCAGCUGUGUCUGCCUGGGCCCGCAAUACAUACAUACACACACACACGCACAUAUAUACAUAUAUAUAUAUCGACGACAGAGUAUGCAAUUUUGGCUGCCCAAGGCAAUGAUUGACUAGACCCGUGGAAGACGAGGAGACGACGCUUUCGAGAUGCACGAACUGUUCACAAAAGUGCUCGCCAAGCGCGAUCUGUCCCGAGCCGGCGACCUGUUCUCGGUGCCCGAUGCGGACAUUGUCAAUGACAUAACGGAGGUGCUGUCCGAAAUCAAUCCCAUCAUCUCGCAUGCGGACUACGUGAAGAACAACAAUGAUCAGAGCGUGGUGGAGAUCUGUGUCACACGGGUCCUCUCCUGCAUACGGGAGACACGCAGCGCGGAGCGUUAUUGCGCAGCUCUGGUGGAUCUGUUGAAGACGUGUCUGCUGUGGAAUCUACAGCCGGUGGCUGCCACCAAGGAGGAGCCGCCGCAUGCCAAGAUCGCCGCAGACAUUGUAUCUAGCAUAUUUUUAAACUAUGAUAAGAAAGAACUGAUGAAAAUUGCGCUGCCCAUUGCCGUGCAGUUCCUGCCCAAGGGCAACAAGGAGCUGUCGCGCAAUUUAGCCAGCUACCUGUCCCUGGCCGCCAUCGACUAUGCCUAUUUGCUGAUAGACUUCAUGGAUCCCAUUAUGGAUUCAAUACUUUCCGGCAAUUAUGGCCUGCUGCGCGUGCUCUCCCAGGUAUACGAGGUGUCCCCCGAGACGGUGACGCCGCACGCGCCGCUGCUCAUCCCACUACUGCCCCAAUGCGAUGCCCAGGAGCGCAUGGCCGUCUUUCAGCUCUAUUUGCUGAUUGUGCAGAAGUCGCCGGCUGUGCUGGAGUCGUGUGUGCCGCAGCUGUGUGGCUUCCUUCAAGACAGCGACACCUCCAACAUCACCAUGCAAAUCCUACUCAAGCUGUCGCAGCAUGCACCUCACCUGCUGGUCGAGCACUUCGAGCAGCUGCGUCUGGCCGCAAAGACUAACCCCAGCACCGUAACGCUGUGCGCCCAGAUACUGACCACGUCCGGCAUUGGCAGCAAGGAGACGGCACAGCAAGCUCUGGACUUUGUGCUCGAGCAUCUGCCCGCCCAGGCGCUGUUGCAGCAGGAGGCGACACGGCUCUGCUCCGCCUAUCCCGUGCUCUUCACGGACAAGGUGCUCGCCUGUGUGCGCCAGAAGAAUGCGGCGCUCAGCUCCCAGCACGAUGUGGGCAAUGCCGCGGGCCACAAGAUCUCUGGCGGUGUCACCAUUGUUAGCCUCAACAGCAGCAUCAGCCCCGGCUCCAGCCCCAGCGCCAGCACCAGCACACAGAUCAAGCCAGCUCCUAAUGCUACGCCCGCCAGCAGCAGCUCCAACAUUGUGCCGCAGCCGAGCGCGGUUAACGCCACGCUCGCCACGCCCAGUGCAGCGCCCGCGCCGGUGGCCACCUCAACGCCAGCAGCUGUGCCCGUUGCCACGGCCACGCCCACACCUCCGCAUACGGGCUAUACGCGACGCGUUAAGCUGGGCGACUCCCGCAGCACUGGACGCCUGCAUCCCGCGAGCAAUACACACAGAAGCGUCACCCGGCUCAAUGUGGCCAGCGGCUCGGUUGGCGGGCUGCACAAGAGCAUGACGCGUCUGAGCAACUCACAAAUCAAUCAACAGCCGGGCGGCAGCUCCAACAGCAACGUUGUGGUUCAGACAGGCGCCAUGCCCAAGACGCCGACGUCGCCAAGUAAUCCGCCUGUGACGCCGGUGCCGCCGCUGAGCAACGAUGUGAUCAUCACUGGGCACAAUAAGCACGGCAUACCGGUGACCUCGGGCGGUGUCACAGUCACCACGUCGCCAACCAAGGUGCGCCCGCACUCGCAGGGACCCUCCACGCUGCUCAACUCCAGCACGGUGCUGAUGAAGUACAGCACAGAUGCACUGAAUCAAUCCGUCGGCUCCAUAUCCAUACCGCAAUCCGUGGCAGCCUCGACAGCAGCAGCAGCGGCGGCCGCGGCGGCGGCGAGUGCUGCGAACGCAGUCUCCGUGCAUCAUGCAUCGCCAGCUCUGCCGCAAUCCUCCAGCAAUGGCAAUGCCAAGUCCGUCAUGAAGCUACCCGUAAAUGGCAAUAGCGAGGUGAUCGUCUCGGGUCCCACAACCACCACCAAUGUGGCGCCGCGACGCAGCGACAACACCAGCCGCACCCUGCUGAAUGCCAACAGCGUAAUGGAUCAGCGCAUGAGCACCUUCGAGCCAUAUCAGAUAAUGCGUGAUCCCGUGCAGCAGUUCUGCGAGAAGAACUUCAUCUCGAUCAAGUCAUAUAUGGACGAGGUCUCACAGCACCUGCCGCCACCGACGCGCUGCAGCAUUGAGGUUUCCAAUGAAUUUGCAGAGCGCCGGAAGAAGGUUGCGAAGCUGCAUUUCGCCUGCCAGAUACGUGGACCUCAUUGCCUAUACUCCAAGACGUGCUUCACGAUGCGCACACGCAAUCCCAAGACCUGGAUACACAUGAUAUUCCUUGACUUUCAAGUGCGACACUUUGUCAAGGAGAAAUGUGUGCUCAGCACUCGAGAGCCGGGCAUCAGCAACCUGAAGAAUAUCUGGCAGAUACUCAAGUGCGAGAAUCGCAGCUUCACCGAGCUGGUCACCAGUCAGUUUCCCCAGGUCAAGGACCGUGAGAUACUUGUGAAUGAGCUGCGUCACUCGGGCUUUCUGGAUGUGUUCGAGGUGUCCAAAACAGACAAGUCCAAUCCCAAUUGCAAUGAGCUGGAGUAUCAGUGGGGCUGCUUUCUGUGCAAUCAUCCGGACAAGGCGGUGGGCUUCCUCAAUGGCAGCAAUCAGCCCAUGAUCGAGGGUCAACUGAAGGAGAAGAAGGGCAAGUGGCGACUAUUUAGGCGCUGGCGCACACGCUACUUUACGCUCUCGGGCGCACAUCUGUCCUGCAAGGGAUCCAGCGGCGGCGAGAGCAUCGAUGUGAAUCAAAUACGCUCCGUUAAGGUUUCACGCGGCGCACGCAACAUACCGAAGGCCUUUGAGAUCUUCACGGCAGAUCAGACCCUAAUACUCAAGCCCAAGGAUGGCAAAAAUGCCGAGGAAUGGGUGCAGUGCCUCAGCAUUGUGGUCGCCCACUCGCAGGCGCGCGACAAUCCCACGGUGAAGACAAACAGCCUGCCCGCACGCAGCAUUGGCAGCAGCAAGCCCUCCUUUUAGCUGGCAAGGAAUCCCUAGCCCUUUCCCUAUCCCUAUACCUAUGCCAAUCCCUCCUCACCCAACCUGAACCUACAUUGUGAGAUUAUUUGUAAUUGUAAAGACCACAAACACACACAUAAAAGACAAACGCGGCGGCCGCAACUUAUAGCUGUCUAUAUACAUACAUACAUAUAUACCAUAUACGAGUACAUGUUAUAUAUAUAUAUAUAUGCCCAUACUUAUAGACUUAUAUCUAGCAUAUAGUAUCAUACCAUUUCAAGGGAUUUUACAAAAAUUGUGCGAAAUUGUUUUUUCAAAAUUAGUUAACUUUUUUUUACAUUUAGUUUAUGCUUAUUUAUUGU